CACCAAAACUCUAUGCACUUGCAGGUAAUAAUAUCAGUCCACUUGAGGCUUUCUUUUACAUUUUACGCCCGAGGGAUUUUUUUUUAAUUAAAAAAAAAAAAAAGGAGAUAAACUCGCAGAGAACACUCACCAAUAAAAUCCCUCACAUCUAACCCUAUAUUCCCUCUUCUAUUUCCUCCAUCUUCCUCCCCACUACUGCCACUGUUUCGAUCUGCAAACACUUAAUCCCUCAUCUCCUUCACACCCACGAGGCAGCUGUAAGCAAAUUUACACACAUCCAUAUGUAUAUAUUCCACUAACAAAGGUUCUACUGAAUCCCAUAUAGAUAGAUAGAUAGAUUGAUAUCGAGCACUACCCACAAACGCAGACACACAAACACAUAUAAUAUACACACAAAAAAGUGGAUCGAAGGCAUGGAAAGCGGCCACUUCCUUCGGAAGCACCAGAGGAGGAAGAGAAAGCUGAAGACGAGCAGCAUCAGCAGCACGCAGUUUGCUAUGCACCACACUCAGCUUGGUCCCAAACCGACAUGUCCGCCAUGGUCUCUGCUCUCACCCAAGUCAUCGGGACCGGCUCCGGCGAUGCCGCCGCCGACAACUCAGCCGCUUUAAGGGUGCAGUCGUCCUCCUCCUCGGAACCCACCACCGCUCCUCUCGAACACGACCCAUCUCACCCGCCGGUGCAAGAUCAAGGAUACCCAAGAAGGCGACACUAUAGAGGAGUAAGACAAAGGCCGUGGGGCAAAUGGGCUGCGGAAAUCCGAGACCCCAAGAAGGCAGCCAGGGUGUGGCUGGGCACCUUCGACACUGCCGAGGACGCCGCCAUCGCCUACGACGAGGCUGCCCUUAAAUUCAAAGGCACAAAGGCCAAGCUCAACUUCCCCGAACGCGUCCAGGGCAAGACCCACUUCGGCUACUUCGUUGGCACCGCCUCAAACCCCACAGCCAUCCGGCCACAGCACCUCCUUCCCUCCACAGUCAUCAACCCUCCGCCGUCGCUGUCCCAGGACCCCGACCUACUGCAGUACGCGCAGCUUCUCUCCAGCAGCGAUGAUGCCGAUAUUCCAAAUAUAACUUCAGCUUUAUUUAAUCCCCCUCAUCAUCAUCAGCUGCAGCAGCAGCAGCAGCAGCAACUUGCUCUAGCAGCGCACUCUUCGUCGCCUUCCGGGAUCAUAUCGUCUUCAGUUGCCGCGUUAAUGCGGGAAAGGCAACAGCAGCAGCAGCAGCAGCAGCAGUUUUUGAGGUUUAUGGCGCCCAACUUGGGGAACCCUACUUCUAGUUCAGAGGAGACUAAGAAGGAGUAAUACCAUAUAUAGUUAAGUGUAUAAUUCGGUCUCGGAGAUGACCUAUCAAUUUAUGAUGGUGUCUUUUCUACCGUAAAGAAGCGUAGAAGUAGUAGUAAUAGUAGUAUAUAUAUACUGCUUAAUUUUGUGGUGUUGAUGGAGAAUGAUAUUUGAAUCUGAAUAUGAUCAUUGGUUAAUGAUUGGGUUAUUUGUUCUUAUUUUUAUUGAGAAUAUAUGAAUGAUAAUUCUACGUA